CAAGAAAAGGUUGGGAACCACUGCAUUAGAGGCUUGUUUUUACAGAAAGAAACACUUAUAAAUUUGCGGUUAUUGCGCGUCAAAACAGUUUCACGAGACGAAAGGGCGUUUGUUUACAAUUUAAUAUUUGAUCUCGAUAAAUCAAUAAGAGAUGAGGAGAUAUUUUGAAAGAUUGGUAUAUCUGCUUACUUCUGAAUUUCCCCAAAAUGUAUAAUUUUCUUCACAGAAUGCACUAUGAGCAGUAGAGCAUCAUGGGAGGAGUGGCACUGGAUGAUGGCAGUAGUGGAGUGAAGGCCCCUGAUGGUGGCUGGGGUUGGGCUGUGCUCUUUGGUUGCUUCGUCAUCACAGGUUUCUCCUAUGCCUUUCCCAAGGCUGUCAGUGUUUUCUUCAAGGAGCUGAUUAGAGAGUUUGAUGUGGGCUACAGUGACACAGCCUGGAUCUCCUCCAUCCUAUUGGCUAUGCUUUAUGGCACUGGGCCUUUAUGCAGCAUUUUAGUGAAUCGUUUUGGAUGCCGUCCAGUGAUGUUAGUGGGCGGCCUCUUUGCAUCGUUGGGAAUGGUCUUGGCAUCAUUUGCCACAAGCAUCAUCCACAUUUACUUGUGUACAGGAGUCAUUACAGGUCUUGGAAUGGCUCUGAACUUCCAGCCUUCACUCAUUAUGUUGAAUCGAUACUUCAGUGAGAAGCGGCCGCUGGCUAACGGCCUGGCAGCAGCUGGGAGUCCCGUGGCUCUGUGCUGUCUGUCUCCUCUGGGGCAGGUCCUUCAGUAUAAAUAUGGCUGGAGAGGGGGCUUCCUCAUCUUGGGAGGGAUUCUUCUGAACUGCUGUGCCUGUGGGGCUUUAAUGAGGCCUUUGUACCCGCCAAAGAAGUCGGAGGCCGCUGGGAUUGAAAACACACCAGAGGACGGUAACGAGAAAGCCAAGCCCAAGCCUAAGCUGCUGGACUUCAGUGUUUUCAGAGACCCGGGCUUUGUCAUUUACACAGUCGCUGCCUCCAUAAUGGUGCUCGGUUUGUUUGUUCCUCCGGUGUUUGUGGUGAGCUAUGCUAAAGAGUUGGGAAACGAAGACACAAAAUCCGCCCUCCUGCUUACCAUUCUGGGUUUCAUUGACAUUUUCGCACGGCCCACGUGUGGCAUUAUCGCUGGACUCCAGUGGGUUCGCCCUCGAUGCGUCUACCUCUUCAGUUUCGCUCUCAUAUUCAAUGGCACCACAGACCUGGUGGGCUCCCUGGCUAAAGACUACGCCUCUCUGGUGGUGUUCUGCAUCUUCUUUGGCAUCUCGUACGGCAUGGUGGGAGCCCUGCAGUUCGAGGUUCUCAUGGCUGUUGUGGGUACAGAGAAGUUCUCGAGUGCCAUUGGUUUAGUUCUCCUGCUUGAAGCCAUUGCUGUGCUAGUUGGGCCUCCAUCUGCUGGGCGCCUUUUGGACUCCACUAAGAAGUACAUGUUUGUUUUCCUGCUGGCUGGGAUUGAGGUUGUGAUGUCAGCUUUAGUGCUGGCCAUAUGCAACUUACUGUUCAUAAAGAAGAAGCCUGAGGCACCAGAGACUGCAGAGGCAAAGAAUCACUCCAGUACGCCACCUACAGAGGAGCCUCAUAAGGCCAAUGGAAACUCAGAAAAGAGAGUCAAGAAUGUUACGAAGGAUCCAAAGGAAGUGGAAACGUUUCUGAAAGAUAAUGAUGAGCAGAAUUAAAACGUCAACUGUGGCAGAGGCCGACCUCUGAUGCUUAAGAAGAGGUUGAAAGACACAAAUAAGAGGAGAUUGCUGAGACCUGCAGUGUUGAUGUGUAUUACUGUGUAGUCCAACGUGAUGUCCUGCUAAGUGUGCUACAUACUGAUAGCGGAGUGUUUCAUCAAUACAGCUGCACUGCCACAAAGAGAGGUUUAGACAGGCCACUCUCAGGCCCUCGUUUACACUAGUUACGGUUACGCCUGUCGUCUAAACUACUCCGGCGUUUUGAAAAUGCUGCAGACCCCGUUUUAGUCUAAAGACCCCGGGGUUGCGUUUCUGUGUAAACAGAGCGAAACGGAGACUUUGGAAAACGAUGGCGUGGCUGCCCACAUUCUCUCUGCGUAUCCUUGACGACCGUGUAAACAAUAACAUCGCGUAAACGGGGUCUUAAUACGUGUAACUCAACACCCCAGAUAAUCUUUGACUUAAACAUUACCAAGGUUAAAGGUGCUGUAAGUGAUUAUAUGAUUGGAAUUGUAUGAAGAAGAUAAUCUUCUUCACUGAAAACACUGCCCUGAAAUAUCACACCGAUCAGUCAGCGUUGUAUGUAACAUAUUACUAGUAAUAUGAGAUACGUAAUCAAAUAAUUUUAAGCUGAUUUGGUUUGUUCCCCUCGGUCAUGAUUUAGAAAUGCUGAAUUAAAAAGUUUAACCUUGUUACAGCAUCUUUAACUAAGUGCAAAAUAAACGUCACAGAAGUAAACAGACCUGAACACAGGAACUGAACGUGCGGGCACACUGAAGUCUGAUCAUAUUCAUAGAUAUCAGCAAUCAUCGGAGAUCUGUAGUGUUUCCACUUCUUUAAACGCUUCUGUAAUAGUAUGCGUCACUAUUCACAGACCUCAUACACUAUGUGAAGUGCUUUGUUUUGUCCGUCGUGAGCGGUGUGGUGACUGUGGACCAAUAGCUUUAAGUACACUUCUGAUAAUGCCAUGAGUUCCUGCAUAAAGCUCAGUACUGUUACAUGCACCGAGGGCCCUACUUCACCUUAUGUUCUUUGGUAUGUUUCAGUGCUAAAGGACAAUAUAAGCUUAGCUUUUUUUAAUCUUAGUGGAAUACAGCUGUAUUAGUCAGUAUUAGUUGUACUGUGAAUUUAUAUUUUGACACUGUACGUUUGUCAUCUAAGACUUUUAACUUUUUACCGUUAUGCUGAGAUUGUCAUAGAAAAGUGAAGUAGAGAGCAGGUAUCUCUGCAUUUAUGACUUCAUAUGAAGGGUCCUACAGCAAGAUUAGCAAUAUUUAUUUUUCACCUAGUCUAUUUUCUUUCUUUUUUUUUACAAACCUAGUUUUAUUGCAAAAAAAUAUAUAUAUAUAUAUAUAUAUAUAUAUAUAUAUAUAUAUAUAUAUAUAUAUAUAUAUAUAUAUAUAUUCUUUAUUUACUGAAAUGCACCAAAUGCAAUACCGAAUUAGAAGCCAAAUGAUAAGUGUUGACAACAAUGUUGACAAGCAUGCAGUUUGUCCCUUCGUGAAGAAAUGAGGUUUGACAGCACUGCCUCCUGGCAUUGGUUUUAAUUUUAUACCAGCAUCUGGAGGAGACAGCUCUACUAUUGGUUAAGAUACUUGCCCUGUCAGAUAUUUGUACUCAAAAUACAUCCGAGUACAAGGGAAGCUAUGAGAAAUUUAAACCCAGAAUCAGUGUUGCUGCCCUUCCAUUUUGCCCGAGUUAGUCUGGGAAACAUUUGCAAUAUUUACUUUAAUCUUGCAGACGGCCUGUGUAAUUUAAUUUCUGUCUACUUAAAAAAAAAAAAACGGCUCAAUAAAUGUUGAACAGAGCA